AUGGCAGCUUAUUCACACCCACACCCUCCAUUUAAAGAAUUAUCAUUUGAACAUAUUGAAUCUCGACUUAAAAAAUUAGUGCAUCUUGAGCGAAAAUAUUUAUCAAAAAGAAAUAAUGAUAAAUUGAUCAAAUUUAAAGAAGAUAUUUCUGAGAAACAAUUAUUGAAAACAAUAUCUACUGCUUCUUUUAUGAAAAAUCAACCGAAACGUUUGAUCAAUUGGAACGUUUUUUUUACACAUACUGAUUAUUUACCAUUGAACAAUAAUGAAAAAAUUAUUGAAACGAAAAAUAAACGUUAUAAAAUUAUACAAGAAACAAAACGUCAAUGGUUAAAUUAUUUCUUAAAUAUUUAUGAAAUAAAAAUACAAGAAUAUGAAGCACAAUAUCAAGAUUAA